UAAAUAUCUCCCUUCGCUCGUCCUGUCCCUUCAUCGUUAAAACCCUUCUCUCCUUCUCCCAAACCCUGUAAACCUUAUCCUGAAAACAGAUAAACAAACUAGCCAUGUCUCUCUCCGCCUCAUCCCUCGUGCUCCCUUCUCCCAACCCGAAGACCCUUCCCCUCUGCAACUCUAAACCCUCCUCGCUCGCUCUUUUCUCUAUAGCGUCAUUAUCCCACAAGCUCUCCGUAAAACCCAUUUCGAUUUCUUCUUUCUCCUCCUCUUCCCCUAUUAAAUGCUCUCACAGCUUGUCAUCUCGGUUUGUUCGACACGUUGCUGUUUCCUCCGACUACGACCAGGAGGAGGAUUUGUUGAGCGAUGAAGGGGAUGAGCCCAGCUUCUCUCCUGACCUUAAACUCUUCGUCGGUAAUCUUCCUUUUAGUGUUGACAGCGCCCAGCUUGCUGGAUUGUUUGAAACCGCUGGAAACGUUGAGAUGGUCGAGGUAAUUUAUGAUAAGGUGACUGGUAGAAGCAGAGGAUUUGGUUUUGUUACCAUGUCUACAAUUGAGGAAGUAGAGGCAGCUGCUCAGAAGUUCAAUGGCUAUGAACUUGAGGGAAGACCAUUGAGGGUGAAUAAUGGACCCCCUCCAUCCCGGAGGGAGGAUUCUUUCUCUAGAGGGCCAAGAGGUGGCCCAUCUUUUGGUGCUUCAAACGGAUCUUCAAACCGUGUUUAUGUUGGUAACCUUGCGUGGGCUGUUGAUGAUUUGGCACUUGAGAACUUGUUCAGCGAGCAAGGGAAAGUUCUUGAAGCCAAAGUGGUUUAUGACAGGGAGAGUGGUAGAUCAAGGGGUUUUGGGUUUGUGACUUAUAGUUCUUCUGAAGAGGUUGAUAAUGCCAUUGCAUCCUUGAAUGGAAUUGCUCUGGAUGGCAGGCCAAUUCGAGUCUCUGUGGCAGAAGCUAAGCCACCACGACGAUAAUUUAAGUGUGAUUUGGCUUAUGUAAUGCCUAAGCAAAUUCUCAGGUACCCGAAAUAUGAGCUCGGACAGUGCAUGGAAAACAUGGAGAACAUGCUACGUGCACCUGUUGCAUCUGACUUUGUAGUCAGCUGCUGUCUUUUGAGUUCUGGCUGUAGAUUGUAGGAGGCUACUUUCACCCAGGGCACCUGACAUUGUGGCCACCUGCUGUGUUUUGACAUCUGCAUGUAGAUCAGAGAGGGGUGGUCAUGUCUCUAGUAUUUUCAAUUUAUGUUAUGGAUAUUGUGAUUGGUUUCAAGAAACUGAUUGGUAGCUGAAUAUUUAACUUCAAUGGGCAGUGUUGCCUUAUUUAAGAUAAAUUUUUGUUCUUGCUUUUUGCGAUUA